AUGAGAAGUUUGGCACACUUACACUCGUACUUGUAUGGAGCUGAGUUUGUUAUGAGGACCGACCAUGUGGUGCUGAGAUGGCUAAAGACUCUGCAGAACCCAGAAGGACAGCUGUGGAGGUGGCUGAGCUACUUGGAAGAUACUCGGUACAAUUACCGAGUGGUGCACCGCCUGGGACGUAACCGUGGCAAUGCGGACAGUCUGAGUCGCCGGCCAUGUGAAGUCGGGUGCUCGCACUACUUGCGACAAGAAGAAGUUAGUUUCCAGAGGAUACGAGUGGAAGGCGGACUGGGAGAGACCAGCCAGCUGUGGAAAGACGCCCAGCAUGCCGACCCUGACAUUGCUCCGGUGUUGAGGUGGAUGGAGAAGGGUGAGCAACCGAGCAAGGAGGAACUGUCGCCAGAAAGUCCUGCCACCAAGGCCUUGGUGGAGCAGUGGGAGAUGCUGCGUGUGAAGAAUGGUGUGCUGCAAAGGAGCUGGAAGGAUACAGCGACGCAUGAACGUUCGUGGCUGUUGGUGGUGCCUCUGUCCCUGCAAGCCAAGUUGCUGGGGGAAGCUCAUGCUGACGUCUCUGGUGGGCACCUGGGACGCAAGAAGACGCUGUGCCGUUUGUGCCAGCGCCUCUACUGGAUCGGCAUGAGGCGUGAUGUGGUGAGUGGUGCCAGCUGUGCCGCAUCUGCGCUGCCAAGAAGGGACCGGCGCACUGCACCCACGUACCGCUGCAGUUGUACCAGAGAGCUGCACUUGGACCAGGGCCAGGAGUUCCAGUCAAGGGUGUUUCGACAGUGCUGUGAGCUGCUGGGGACCCACCAGACGCACACCACCCUGCUCCACCCCCAGAGUCUGCAGCAGGAAGCCAUAGGUUACACUCCCACCUGGAUGAUGUUUGGCCGAGAGAUGCGGCUGCCUCUGGACCUGGCUACUGGACAACCACCUGGGGGAGAGCUACCACCAAUGGCACCUGAGUUUGUAGCGGCGCUGCAACAGCGGAUGGAGGCCAUGCGCCUACAGGCUGCUGUGGAGGAAGGACGCUUCACGUGGGGCCAGCAGGGACCACCCUCGUCGCCAGACAACGAGGUGAGGAGCGACAGUGAGGUGAUAGGUGAUGGUGAUAUAAACAAUGUUGUGGAGUUUGUUGUCGGGGAGUGCCAGAGUCCUGAGCAGGAGGCUUGCAGUGGACCGUGUUUAUCUCGCCCCCUCAGGAUGAGGAAAAGACCUCAGUGGUGGGCGGAUUAUGAAUGUGACAGUGACACUGAAUAG